GGAACCAGAGCGACACCUGAAGGUAAUGUCAGGUACUGUGAUUUCUUUAGCUUUGAGCUGUUAGCUGUGAAGUUUGGCUUACACUUUCCAAAAUGGCGACCUCCCUAGGCUCUAACACCUACAACAGACAGAACUGGGAAGACGCGGAUUUCCCAAUUCUGUGCCAGACAUGUUUAGGGGAAAAUCCUUACAUCCGUAUGACCAAGGAGAAAUAUGGAAAAGAAUGCAAGAUCUGUGCUCGGCCCUUCACCGUGUUCAGAUGGUGCCCAGGCACACGGAUGCGUUUUAAGAAGACGGAGGUCUGUCAGACCUGCAGUAAAAUGAAGAACGUUUGUCAGACAUGCCUUCUUGACCUGGAGUAUGGUUUGCCUAUCCAGGUCAGAGACACUGGCCUCACUGUUAAAGACGAGAUUCCCAGAUCUGAUGUGAACAAAGAAUACUACACACAGAACAUGGAGAGAGAGAUAGCCAAUUCUGAUGGCACCCGACCAGUAGGCCAGCUUGGUAAGGCUCCAAGCUCCAGUGAUAUGUUGCUCAAAUUGGCCCGAACUACACCGUAUUACAAGAGGAACCGGCCUCACAUUUGCUCCUUCUGGGUAAAGGGGGAGUGUAAGAGAGGAGAAGAGUGUCCCUACAGGCACGAGAAGCCUACAGAUCCCGAUGACCCUCUGGCUGACCAGAACAUUAAAGAUCGUUACUACGGCAUCAAUGACCCAGUUGCUGACAAGUUAUUGAAGCGGGCUUCAACUAUGCCCCGACUGGACCCACCAGAGGACAAGUCCAUUAGCACUCUUUACAUAGGCGGCCUGGGAGAUACAGUAACAGACGGAGAUCUCAAGGGUCACUUCUACCAAUUUGGAGAAAUUCGCACCAUUACUAUAGUCCAAAGGCAGCAGUGUGCCUUCAUCCAAUUCGCUACUCGGCAGGCAGCAGAGAUGGCUGCAGAAAAGUCCUUUAACAAACUAAUCAUUAACGGACGGAGGCUCACUGUCAAGUGGGGAAGGUCUCAGGCAGCCAGAGGGAAGGACGGCGUAAAGGAGGGAGUGAGUGAAAUGGGAACCAGACUGGAUCCUGUGCCUGGCCUACCUGGAGCACUUCCUCCACCACCAGCUCUCGAUGAAGAGGUUCCAGCAAACUACUUCAACCUAGACCCAAGCUCCUCACCUGCCAUCAUGAACAUUGCUUUACCGCCACCUCCAGGCAUAAACCCCCCUCCACCAGGUUAUGGCCCUCCGAUGUUUCACCCCAUGGGUCCCAUGGCCCCACCUGUCCCCCCUCCCAUGACAAUGAGACCCCCUGGUACAAUCCAUUACCCGUCCCAGGAUCCCCAGCGCAUGGGUGCCCACUCGGCACACGGCUCACGCCACACCGAAUAGCUGCGAGAGAGGAGUGACGUUAGGCUGUGAUUAGAUUUCUCUGGCUUUCUCAUGUCAAACCUGGUUGGUUGUGUGCAUGUUCAAGGCUUCUAUGGGCCAGAGGACUGCUUCCAAAAAAACCCCACGCUGCACAGGAAUUGGUUAUCUCCUGUUAAUACAACCUACAGAGUUGCAAAUGAAUUCUGUGCCACGAGAAGUGACAGUCAGAGUUUAACUCAAUGACUCUGGUCGUACUAGGGAAUAUUAACUAAUAGCAAACAGUUAAAAGAGCCUCUGGGCAUGAGGCCGAUAUGACCAGGACCACAUGGAACUAUUGUACAUAUAAGAACUUAGUCUUUGGAGUAAAUUUGUUUCUGUCUGUUAGCUUUUUUUUCACCUGGAGUUGAGAAGCAUUUUUAAAUCUGUUCAUUUUCAUUUAGUUUGAGUUAUUUUAUUUUUUUUUUAUUGGACACCAUCUCAAUUUUGAACAUCAUAAUGACUUUAUUGUAAAAUUUUCUUUAUAUAUUUUCACUUCUCAUUAAAAUGACACCCUUGUCAAUAA